ACCCACGGAAGGCCCGUCCCUCUCACAUGCAGGAAGAGAGGCUGAUGAAUAUCUGCGAGCAUAUAAGUAGCCACAUGGACCGCGCUCGGCACGGACCCUGACGGAGGUGCGCGCGCGCGCGUGUGUGUGUCUGUGUGUGUGUGUGUGUGUGUGUGUGUGUUUGUUAUUGUGACAUUCUCACGUCGACGAACCGACUGGUCCGAACCCGGUUUCAUGCCUCAUCUUCUCUCCGUGCGCGCGCCGAGCUGCAACUUUUCCUCCCUGGCCUGCGCCCCCGUCUCCGCGAGGCGGCCACUGUAGCGCGCCCCGCGGACCGCACCGCGCCGCGCCGCACCGCACCGGAGCGGACCGGACCGCUGAUUUUUAUUUUUUAAGAUGGACUUCGCCAUGGUGGGUGCGGACGGCGGGUGCAACAGUCACCUGCAGUACGGAUAUGUCCGAGCUCGCGUGCGGGAGAAGGAGCGCGAGAGGGAGCGCCAGGCAACGCAGUCUCGAGCGGCGGCUGCCGACGGUGGCUCCGGUGUGGAGGGAGGCGGCGGCGGCAGCGGCGUAGGGGGGUCCACCUCCACGUCCUCCUCCACGUCCUCCUCCUCCUCCUCCUCCUCCUCCUCGGGCACUCAUCCCCUUAACAACCGCCAGCACCAGUCUCGCGCCGCCUCCUCCUCCACCAGCGCCAACAUCAGCAGCAGCAGCGGCGGCGGCGGCGGCGGUACCGCCUCGCGCCCCUCCUCCUCCUCCUCCACCACCUCCUCCUCCUCCUCCUCCUCCUCCUCCCCCUCGCAGCCGCCACAACACCAGCAGGAGCCGGAGGAGCAGCACAGAGUUCUCAGAGAGCGGAAGAAGCAGCGCGGCGUCGCGCGGUGGAGACGCAGCCGGACGACGCACGGCGCGGAUCUGCACCAGUCGGAGCUGGCGCUGCUCGGAUCCGAGGGCGACAUGAUGAUCGAGGAGGAGGAGGAGGAGGAGGAGGCCGAGGAGGAGGAGGAGGAGGAGGAGGAGGAGGAGGCGGGGGGAAACCGGGGAAGCAAGAGGUCGAGUUUUCUGUGUACCAUGGAUGAUGAAGAGGAGACGGUGUCGAUCACCGACAGGCGCCCGCAGUCCGGCUACGAGAGCGGCUACAGCGAGUACGGCUGCUGCGAGCGGGUGGUCAUCAACGUGUCGGGGCUGAAGUUUGAAACUCAGCUCAAGACUCUCGCCCAGUUCCCGGACACGCUGCUGGGAGACCCCGGCAAGCGGAUCCGGUACUUCGACCCGCUGCGGAACGAGUACUUCUUCGACCGGAACCGGCCGAGCUUCGACGCCGUGCUGUACUACUACCAGUCCGGCGGGCGCCUGAAACGGCCCGCCAGCGUGCCGUUCGACAUCUUCUGCGAGGAGGUGAAGUUCUACGAGCUGGGCGACGAGGCCAUCCUCAAGAUCCGGGAGGACGAGGGCUUCGUGAAGGAGGAGGAGAAGCCGCUGCCGGAGGACGAGUUCAAGCGGCAGAUCUGGCUGCUCUUCGAGUACCCGGAGAGCUCGAGUCCGGCGCGGGGCAUCGCGGUCGUGUCCGUGCUCGUCAUCGUCAUCUCCAUCGUCAUCUUCUGCCUGGAGACGCUGCCGGAGUUCAGGGACGAGAAAGAGUACCUGCAGCCGCGGCCCAACGCCACGCAGCAGCCGGACCCCGGCUUCACCCCCUUCAACGACCCCUUCUUCAUCGUGGAGACCGUGUGCAUCAUCUGGUUCUCCUUCGAGAUCGUGGUGCGCUUCUUCGCGUGCCCGAGCAAAGCGGCGUUCUUCAAGAACAUCAUGAACACGAUAGACAUCGUCUCCAUUCUGCCUUACUUCAUCACGCUCGGCACGGACCUGGCGCAGCACCAGGGCAACGGGCAGCAGGCGAUGAGCUUCGCCAUCCUCAGAAUAAUCCGCCUGGUGCGCGUCUUCCGCAUCUUCAAGCUGUCGCGCCACUCGAAGGGGCUGCAGAUCCUGGGCCACACGCUGCGCGCCAGCAUGCGCGAGCUGGCGCUGCUCAUCUUCUUCCUGGUCAUCGGCGUCAUCCUCUUCUCCAGCGCGGUGUACUUCGCCGAGGCGGACGAGCCCAGCUCGCAGUUCACGAGCAUCCCCGACGCCUUCUGGUGGGCCGUGGUCACCAUGACGACGGUGGGAUACGGCGACAUGAAGCCCAUCACCGUCGGCGGCAAGAUCGUGGGCUCGCUGUGCGCGAUCGCCGGCGUGCUGACCAUCGCGCUGCCGGUGCCGGUCAUCGUGUCCAACUUCAACUACUUCUACCACCGGGAGACGGACAACGAGGACCAGCCGCCGGCGGUGGAGAGCAUGCCCCCGGGCUGCCCGUACUUCCCGGACUUUCUGCGGAGGUUCAGGGGCUCGCCCUCCGCGUCCUCGCUGGGCGACAAGGCGGAGUACAUGGAGAUGGAGGAGGGGGUCACGGAGUCGCUGUGUGGCCUGGACAAGAGUCCCAGUAAAGGGAACGGCACAGACAUCAGCAGGAAAAACAGUACGAACUCCAAAUCCAUUCAGACUGACGUGUGAUUACAAGAAGAGUUUCGGGUUUUUUUUUUAAUAUUCUUUGGGAAGAAAAAAAAAAUUCCCUGUGAGGAUAAUUCUUUAUGCCCAUGAGCAGGUGGUCCCCCUCCUCUGACACACGUUUUACGCACGCCAGGCGCGCACAGACACACACACACACACACACACACACACACACACACACACACACCAACCCCAAUUGGCACUUUUCAUUCUCUCCAUCCCAGAACAAUAGAGUUGCUCCCAACAAUCCUCUCUGCACACAGACACACCGACCAUUAGGGAAAGAAUUUGGACCCAAUGAAUUCAUCAUAAACCUCUGUGGGCUCACGAAUCUGACAUAAACCAAAAGGAAAUUCUAGAGAAGACGACCUAUGCAUUCGCACUUUAUGGGUUUCAUCUGUCAACAACACAGUGGAUAUAGGGAUGGGCGUUAUAUAUUUUUUUGCCGUUAUGCAAUAAAGUGGAAAUUUGUUUGCACUAAUGUAGAAUUUGCGCUGGGCUUCGGCCUCCGUUUUACUUCAGAGACAAAAAAAAACUGUAGGCCACGCAAAUGGCAAUAAUCUAUAGUCAUCCUCCAAGACACCACUUGAGCCGACGAAUGUUUGAGGGCAGCUUCCACAAAGAGAGCGAACGGAGGACAUUGACAUCCCCCUCCCAUAUGCUGCCACUUCAAAAAAAUAGGACUCCAAUAAAGGAAAGGUCUAAUUUAGAUUUAGAACAAAACAACUUUUCGUUACUGCUCCAACAAUUAAUAUGAACAAAACCGAUAACGAAAUUGAUAAGACACAGCGUAUAGCAGUCAUCGGAAAAAAAACCAGGGCUAGAAUUACUACACAAAUAUGCUUUUUCCACACAACAGGCCUCAAAGGCCUUGUGUUGUUGACCCACCGUGAGAGCCAAGCACAUGAAUCAUCAGAGUUUUAAAACGUGGCUGGAGAAAAAUGACUUGCCCCCGCCAGGUUUUCUUCUCUGCGGACAGCCUCGGAGCCCGUGGCGACGAAGUUUCCCCAGUUUCGUUCGAAAAACCCACCUCAAAAGUGACAAUAUCCCUUUACACGGAACGCAGACGGAAAGCUAUAGCAAAAAUGACUCCAAUGCUGCGGGGAAAAGCUCCUCGGACGAGGGAGUUGGCGAGCAACUUCCUCUCCCGUCCGCUGGACGUAGUGCACAAAAUGUUUUUAUUUUUGGGUUUUUUUUUUGGUUCUCAAGAGGACUAUGCCCUCCGAGCUCAGAGGAUCUUCAGGAUGUGGACGUCUUCCAAGCGCUGCCAGUUACACGGAGAGGGAGAAACCCAGACACCGCCCACCCCCGGACACACAUCUCUGGAAACUGCAGAAAACAAGCAUUGUGAACGGUCGUCUUGAGCACGAGCGGACACUGAUGAUAGCAACAACAACAACAACAACAACAACAACAACAACAACCACAACUGGACGGGACCCUGCAUUUCUGGACGAGUGGCGAUGAGCGGCGCCGUGCGACCGGCCCUGGAGGGUCGGGACUGCAGUUGGUAGACGAGUAAGUCGUGGCCCAAAGUGAUUGCCUUAAAUACUACACACAUACAGACGUACGGCGUGAUGAAACUAAGAGACUUAUAUCGGUUCAAAGAUGUUUUUCUCUACGUGUGGAAAAAAAAAAGUGUCUUGUAAGGAACAGAUGUGAAUAUUUUAAUAUGAUAGAGUUAAUGUUUGGUUGUAACGUCGACAUAAUGUUUUAGUUGGGUCGGCUUCGUAGGUGUCAUUGGUUUGCCAAGUGGUGGGUUUGCUCUCUGCUUGUGCGCGGUCAGCAGUACGACUUAAUCUAUUUUUCAAAUCUUGUUUCGUAUCGUCGACCGAACAAGGCUGGCCCGAGUCGCUCGCUCGCUCGCUCGCCCACUCAAAAAAACGCUGGCGACUUGAAAGCGUGAAAGUCAUCAGACAUGAAAAUCCUCAUCCAGAACGUGUACAGAGGGUUUGGGAGAGAAACGCGAGACAAAGCGGUCGACCGGCGACGACGACUAAUCGCAGCACACUGACACACAUCAGAAGUAUCUCCUCUUACAUUAAGAUCCACUUACACUAAAGCAAAGAUGUCAGGCACAUAAACAUCACCAUGAAUAUCUGCCACACUCACUUUCCCAUCACCGAAGAACAGCGGACGACGCCCGCCCCAACGGGUCGUCGGCGUAAAGACGAAAUACCUUAGGUUUUUUUCUCAGAUGCAAAUUUAGAGCUGACCAGCUGCUUUGUUGAUGUUUUCACUUUGACUUUAACUGUAUGCAAAAGUAACAUGGACGUGUGUUCUAUAUUUUUUUAAACCUAGCCUUGAUAAUUACAUAACCAAAGGUGAAACCCUGAAUCUAUUGUAUGUCGUGGACUUCUGGAAAUGUUGUGAUAUAGAUGCACACUGAAUAGAGUGGAGAAAAAAAAAAAAAUGUACAUAACAGACGUUUAUACUUGUGUGUCCUACGGUGUGUUGCGGAUAAGAGUCAUUUGAGACUUUUUUCUUUCUUUGACUGUUACGACCAUCAAACGUAAUCAUCUGUGUUCGGUUCGUCCUCGCUGAUACAAUCAUGUUCUUCAUAUUGUUGCGAAUGCUGCUUCAACGUUGUCAUGACAUUGUCAUGUUUUGUCUUUGUUCUUUUCUUCUUUUUUUUUGGAACAUACUGCCUAUUGAAUAACCCCUGACUCUUUUAUUUGGCAUUCUUAAACUUUGCCACAGAAGCAUUGGAUGAUGUCACCUCUGUUUGACCUGCGAUGUUGCCCCAUGAAUGAAAUAAUUGGCAAUGUCCACUGACUUUUUUGUUUUGGAGUGGUAAUGAGUUUCACAACGUAUUUUUUAUGAAGACAGUGUUUUAUUUUCCUACGUUUUCCUUUUGAAAAAGUAUCCUUUACAUACUAUGUUAACUAUCACAGCACUGGAAAGCUUGAAUAUAGCUCUUUAUCUUAGUUUCCGUAUUCCUCUACGUCAAAAAGAAAAUCCAAAGUUCACAUUCUUGUUCUUUUCUCUUUUUCUCCUUUCAAAAAACAUCAUAUCUGUAAUUACCUCAACAAUCGUAUCCCUCAGAAAAGCUGUUUACUGAAUGUUCCACAUAUUUCCACAGUGUCAGAAACCCACAAAAGGUUUUUAAAUAGAUGUCAAUGCCGUGCUUGACAAAUCCGUAUGAGGAAGAUGUUAAUCGGGAAAGAUUAGAUACGAGCAGGUACCAACAGUUUUGCCAAGAACACCAGUAAACUCCAGAGGAGUAAAAUGAAUGAUCAAAUCUAUAAGAAAUUAAAGAAUAAAUAUUGGAGCCAAAGGACAAGGAUAGGUGAUUGUGAUAUUUGGUUGCAUCUCUCAAAUAUCUAUUUUUUGAAAAAAAAAAAUCACAUUCAUGUGAAUCAAAUAUUAGUCCAAUUAGUCUGAGAGUUGAAAAGUAAGAAACGGAAAGUAGGAGAUGAAAGGAAAAGGUAAACAAAGCACAGGCAUGUUUUCAAUCCAAUUAUGUUUUUAAUCAAAUUAUGUUUGAGAAUGAGUGAGCAAAGAGCAACAGGAGCCACAGGAUUAAAGGUACUGGUUGAUAUUUUGUGAAAUAUUCUAUUUUCAUUUCUUUGAGAGUUCCAUGAGAAGAUCAAAUCCACUCUGCUGCUACUGCCUGCAGCCAUUUAGCUUAGCUUAGCAUAAAGACCCUGUCACGACAAUAUCCAACAAUAUCCCACGUUUUUAUCAAUUUUCAGGUUCUUCCAAGAAAUAAACCAAUACACAACUCCCGUCUUUUUGCUCUUAGACUUUGGGUCUUUGUAGGAACAUUAUUAAUAAUCCUCUGUGCUAAGCUAGGCUAACCAGCUGCUGCCUGUAACUCCAUUUUCUCUGCACAAACAUGAGAGUGGUAUCGAUCUUGUCAUCCAACCCCAAAGCCAAAAAUAAAUAAAAUGAAAGAGUAUGCGCCUAUUUUCCAAAUGUCAAACCAUUGCUUAAAGAUAUAAACGAAAUGAAAACGUAAUCUUUGUGUAGAAAUAUGUUUUCAGUGGUGGUUUAAAUACCGAUAUCAAAUGACGACGGAGGCCUCGGUUCUGGCCUGGAGUUUUCGAGUUGGAUACAGUCGGGAGGAUGCAGAACUAUCAUACCAACAGCCUAUAGUGGCGUCACGUCCCUAACGUUGUGAGGGACAAAUGUAUAUAUCUGCUAAUACGUUCAGCCACAGUUUGGUAUGAACACAAGGCAGCAAAGACGGCCUCAGGUGAGCACAAAGAACAGGAACCGGAGCAGUCUGAGAAUUGAUCUUCUCCGCGUCGAAAAUCAAGCAGAACAAACGAGAUCAAAAAGAAAACGGAGAGAAAUCAAGUGGACUGUCUAUAACCCCCCCACCCCUUUUCGCUCAAUCUGUCAAUUAAAGUGAUUUAAUGUGGUCAGAGGCUGCAAUUACGUCGAGUCACCGUGGCCUCACUUGAAUCUGCUUCCACCAGCAGAUCACCGGUAACCCAGAGAAGGGCAGCGUGUCGUCAUGUGUGAGGGGAAGAAGAUAAUAAAGGUCGAUGGGCAGAUUAAAUAUUACGGGAGGAAAUGAAAUUCAUCCCCGUGUGCGCUGAAUGAGACUCGCGCGCUAAAUAAAAUGCUCAUAAUCCCGAGUUAUCCACAAUGGAUAUGUAUCAUGAUUCCAGGUCAUCCCGGUCAUAUCAUGGGUGCAAAGGGAUGAGUGGGAAAAAAAUAUAAUAAAAUCCAAACAAAACAAAACAAAAAUCUCAUUUUCUUGGACUCAGUAGUGCGACAUGUUCCUGUGGAUGUUAAAAUGAUACCUGCAGUGAUAGCGCUUGUGGUAGCUGUUGUGAUUCAGCACAGUUAAUGAGUAGAUUCUUUAAAGUCAGCGUGGGGACAUUACAUAACACGCAGAACAAGGUGAGAGCAGAGCAUAUUAAUUAUGAUCACCUCUGAGUUGGCAAACUCACCCGGGUGGCCACGUUUCCAACCAUCGCGGCCUCUGGCCUGAGGAGGAAGAGGAGGAGGAGGAGGAGGAGGAGGAGAUUCACCCGACACGCGUCAAUCAUGUUCAGUUAUUCUGUGGGGAAAAAAAACUACGAAAAAUAAACACGUAAAAUAGGAGAAGAAUUGAACUCAUUUAAAGGCAAUUCUCACUAGGGGAAUUGAUUUCACAUUAAGAAGGGCUGUCCUGGUGUCCAGAUGGUGAGAAACUGCUUUUCUGCUCAACAUCACGUACUUCUGAGGCCUAAACAACUGCCAGACUCAUUCGAUCCUCUGUGCUUUCCACCAGAGCAACUCGGCAGGAUUAACUUUAAGACAAAGGCCCCUGCUAGUCAAUAGCAAAGGAUUUCUUCCCAAACCCCCCCCCCCCCCCCCCCACAACCAAUUGACCACGGAUCUAAAGCCACGCAGGAACAACAACCCAGUGUUAAGAUUUAGUAAAUGUUAAACACAACGUUUUGAAACGCAACCGGAUCUUGAAGUUAGAUUUUAAAGUGCAUAAAUAAAAUUGUUCGUGGGAAGGAGUGUCAGGAAGCUCCUCUGUGGUUUGUUUUAUUUGCACAAUUAAACAAAAUAACAGACCGCCCACUAGGUUUGAGGGUUUUUUUGGGUCAUAAAAAGGAAAAAGUAUCUCAACCAAAGCUUUUGGUUAUCGAUUAAACAUUUAGAUUUUCAUUUAUAACAACAAAAGCUCUCACGGGGCAUUCAUCACAGCGAUAUGCACUUGAAUGGGGGGAAGAAACAAGAGUUUCAAUGCAGCUGUAAUAAACUGGAAAGUGAUUCUUUCUUUUAUUGAUCAUUUGGGCCCUGUCAAUCUUGAUGAUGCUACCCAGAGGGAAGGAGGAGCUUAAUCACUGGAAAAUAGCCUGGAUGGUUUUGUCAUUGGAAACCAUCAAAAUGGUUUAAAAAAUGAAAAAAGAAAGUUGCCCAACUCAUUAAAAGUUUUGUCCAUCCAAUCAAAUGAUGAGUAGCCAAACUGGCAACACUGGCUCCUUUUGCCCAUAGCAACCGGGAUGGGUGUGUUGAUACAAAACCCUACUUUUUGAACAUAUCUGAAUUCAAUGUUCAUGUAGUGAAUUCCAAAAACUAAAACUCCCGAGCAACCCGACUAAGCCCGGUAUCUUCACAUUGCACGCAGGCAGCGCUGUCUACAUUUUCCACGCGAGGCUCAGUUUGAAUAUAACAUGCGCAUACAUGCAUUAAAGAGGGAUGCACGAGUCGGAGGAUGAAAACUGGAGAGUGUACUGCGACAUCCCGCGGUGUAAGAUAACGCUGCGAAACCUGCUUCACGUCUUAAUCUCCUUAUAAACAAGGUGGCUCGGGAGGAGCGCCGCAAAAACUGUUGAACAGUGACGCAGUUUGUGUUUCUUUGGUAUUCGUCGUGCUGGAUGUUACGUGACCGGCUGGGUUUUUGUUUUUUUAACUGGGGUUGUUUGGCACCAUCUGCCAUCGUGCAGAGCAGUAUUACUGCAAACACAGCGAUGAGAGUUGUUUGCCUGGUCACCUCUGCACCGAGGAAACUGUCCCACACGGAAGACAAUUUAAUGGCUCUGCGGAAUGAAUUUGUUGGUCGAAAAAAAAGACACUUUCUUUCGAGGAUUAUGACAUUGUUUGAAGUGAUAAUACCCUUUCAUGGGCUUUGAAUAUCAUCCAAAAUGGAACUUGAUUGCAUUAGAACGCCUCUUCAUUGUCUGGCUCAGCGUACACCAGUGGCGGAGAGGAGACGGACUUUGUUUCGCUAAAUCGAGAAGGGGAAUUAACCGCUCAAGUGCUUAAUCCUUGAAAAAAGCCAAUUAGCAUUUUCCCACGUAUUUUAAUGACGACCACAGAGCCGACACGGCGUAGUGGAGGGCGUGGUGGGACUACAGUAACGCUUACGAACCAUACACGCGGUCAGACCACUAGUCCUUGUUCGCGAGUGAGUCGCAACAGCCCGUGAGCUCGGUGCUGCCAGAGUCUCCUUGAGCAAAGCGGCCUCUCGGGGUGUUUCAGACAGAUAUGCCAACACACCCCUACUGACACCAGCCUUCGUUUCAUCCAGAUAUGGAACACUCCCAUUUCGAGAAAGCGGAGAAAAAAAUUCAGUCGAAGAAUCAAAGCACAAGUUGACUGAGAUUCUCCGAGCUUGGGCAUUUUUUCAGUCUGAAGUGUAUUUAUUUGGGGACAAUUCGGUCCACAGAAGUAGAGUCAGGGCUCCUUGAUUUCACGCUGCCCUCCAGAGUCAAAUGAUUCCACUACAGUACAUCAAGUCUUCCUGUCCCGGUGGUGAAGAUGUCUGUGACAGGUAGAGGUAGCCGGGGAGCCGGACCCGGGGUCGGUGCGAGUGGCGCGAGGGCAGCGGCCCGGUGAAAGAGAGGCCUUCCCUGUUCCGGCUCCGAGAUAAACGUUCUCCUCUGCCCUCUGCUGAGAAGUCGUGGAUUGGAUGGCUCACGGCCACGUGAUACGAUACAGUCCCUGGCUUUCGUGUGACAUGAAAUGUCGUUGCCCGUUUCCAGUGUGAAGUUAGCAUAGCGCAUUAGCUCGGCGGGAGGACUUGGCGUUUUUUUUUUUACCACAGUAAGCAAACGUCGCUGUCAUCCCGAGCAUCCUGCCGAACCCCGCUCAAAACUCGGUAGUUCAAUGAAACGGGGAAAAAUUGUCGAAUAUUCGCAUUGAACGGACACAUUUUAUUUGACUGACAUGAUUGUCGUUUGGGUUCGGCCUAGUUCAAGCUAGCACACGCUAGUUAUGGACUGUCGGACAAAACAAGACAUCAGAACAGAUCUCCUUGGAUAUUUUACCGCAAAACAAUUCAUGAUUGAUCGACAUAAUAACUGCCGGUAAAUUUAGCAGCAGUUGCUGCCCCGAUGGCAAACGGGGAUUUCGAGAAUAUUGUGUAAUUUCCGCUCGGUGAUCGAUGCCCUGCGCUCUGUGACAUGGCCACGCUAUGUUUCAUAUCACUUUUUGGUAGUAAACAAUUCAGUGCUCAAAGCCCUGGGAGCUCAACACACUGCACGUGAGAAAAAGAUGUGAAUAGACACAAAACAAGCGCAUGAAGAAAAAAACUAUUUAACCAAUUUGACAACACAAAUGCAGCCCUUAGAACACAAGGUGGAUUACUGUAAAACAUGUAGGACAACACAUGCAUCACAGAAAACACAAACAAAAUACAGAAAAGUAUUGAUUGUGAUCUGUUUUGUUCCACAUAUAUCAUGAAAUAGGUGAAGAUGUUUGCUUCAUUUGAAGAUUAUUUAACUAAUUGCAGUGCGUCGAGCUCUCGGGGGGCCGCUGCGUUUUCUUGCGUCAAAAGUACGAACGAUGCGACUACUCUUUUUAGAAGCACAAAGUUCAAGUCGAUGACAAGGUGUCGUGUACCUUCACUCGGGUGACAGUUGGUAGUUGCGGCAGAUCUUUUGUCGUGUCGUAUUCAACAGACUACAUGUGAUUUGCAAAGCAAAUUUUUUCCGCGUCGCGCUACAUGAGCGAGUUUGCCCGCGGCAUCAUUCGCGUUUACGUGCACAAGUAAACACAACCCGCAAAUUUCCCGCUCGCUCUCUUUCGGAGCGAAGGCGUCGGUGACUUCGGGAUAAUCUCAGCGCUAAUUGGCAUUUCGCGACAUUGCCUCACGGCGACAAUUCGCUCGAGCUCAAGCACCUCAACCCGAGCGAGUGAAGCGCGUGGCGCAAAUUUCGCGUGGCGUCAUUUGCGUCUACCCGCGCCUUUGCAUUUGCAAUUUCCUAUUUUUCCCACAAGAUAUCUCUGAUCCAUCAAUCUAUGAUAUAGGAAGCUUUUAGGGGGGGGGGGGGGGGAGGG